UAAAGCCGCAGCUCUAAGGUCCGGCCCUUCCAGCCCCGAGGUCGUCCGCGUAGCUACACCUUUGAUAAUCUCAUUCCCCCAAGGUUCUUCCCGCCUUUGAACAAUUCUGGUAGCAUUCCCCUUCUUUUCCCUCCCCCAGUAUAGGACUGACUCGGCCCCUUCCGGAAACACCCGAAGCAAUUUGUAGUCAAAAAAAAAUCACUGCUGCACCAACAGAACCUUCGCCAAAGCCUUGGGAUUAACCCCUUGUGCCGCGGGGCGGCCUUCCCCAAGUGUGGUCGGGGCGCUGUCGCUCUUAGCUCCCUGGACCCGCCCUCUUGCGUCUGGGCACCCACGCCGAGACGACAGAGAGGGUGGAGUCCGGCUUUGGCGCCAGCAGCUGCGGAGGCUAACAACCGCCGAGAGGGCUCUCGGGUCACGGCCUUCGCCCCUGUCCCCUCCGUCCCUCCUUCCCCGGGGACCAUCAGGCCCGCGCGCGGACGUAAUAGCUCUUCAAGUCUGCAAUAAAAAUGGCCUCCAAUAAAACUACAUUGCAAAAAAUGGGAAAGAAACAAAAUGGAAAAAGCAAAAAAGUUGAGGAAGCAGAGCCUGAAGAAUUUGUGGUAGAAAAAGUACUGGACCGUCGUGUAGUGAAUGGGAAGGUGGAGUAUUUUCUGAAGUGGAAGGGAUUUACAGAUGCUGACAAUACAUGGGAACCUGAAGAAAAUUUAGAUUGUCCAGAAUUAAUUGAAGCAUUUCUUAAUUCUCAAAAAGCUGGUAAAGAAAAAGAUGGUACAAAAAGAAAAUCUCUAUCUGACAGUGAAUCUGAUGAUAGCAAAUCAAAGAAGAAAAGAGAUGCUGCUGACAAACCUAGAGGAUUUGCUAGAGGUCUUGAUCCUGAACGAAUAAUUGGUGCCACAGACAGUAGUGGAGAAUUGAUGUUUCUCAUGAAAUGGAAAGAUUCAGAUGAGGCUGACUUGGUGCUGGCAAAAGAGGCAAAUAUGAAAUGUCCUCAAAUUGUAAUUGCUUUUUAUGAAGAGAGACUAACUUGGCAUUCUUGUCCAGAAGAUGAAGCUCAAUAACUUAACAUCAUUUUUAUAUAUAUUUAUAUAUAUAUAAAAUAUGGGUCUUGGUUUUUGAUUUGCUCGUGUGGAAAAAAACGCAUUCUAAUGAAAAUCAAGUUUACUAUGUUGGUUUUGAAAGUAGUAUUUGGGGAAGUUGUUGGGUUUUGUUUGUUUUGCAUCAAUAGCACUGGUUACUUUGAACAAAUAAAAAGCUUUCUGUAGUUGCUUCCUUUAUGAGAAAAUAGCAUUGAUAGCCUGAUAUGUUUCCUCUACUUUUCCAAAUAUUGGGGAAAUUAUCUAUAGUCAAACAACUCAUUUUUAGCUCACAUGCUUAAGGACCAUUCUGAGUUUUUUGUUUGUGUGUGUAUAAAUAAAAUACUUAUGUAAAUGGUUUUUGUUCUGUUUUUAAACAUUCACCAAAAAAAAAGUAUGGGUGAUAAGCCCAUGUUUGUGAUGCCAUCAUUCUGAGCAACCUAAGAAAUAAAUCACUUGGAGUUAAAUUGAAA